UUUACAUCCGUUUACAUUAUUACAACACCUGACAUUGAACUCAUCAACCUUUCGCAAUUAUUGUAAUUUUCAUUAACACAACGUGUCAACAAACCGUUACAAAUACAUACAUUCCCUGAUCGCACACUUCUCACUUCUCGAUCAUCACUAAGAUACACUCCUCAUUUUUUCGAUUUUUUCCAUAAGCAUUAAUACGAGCAUUACAUUGAAUCGAAGUGUUAAUUGUCGAAAACAUAAUAUUAUCUAGAUAUCCGGAGAUAUCAGCUUGCUGUCAUUUAAAUAUUUUUAAGAUGUCUUCAAUGGACACUCCAUCCAACACGCUCCAAGACUCGGACUUGCAUGACCUUGGACUCAGUGACGACGAGCCGGAGACAGCAACCAGCGUGUUAAACAAGUUCCAGACAGCUUGGAUCAAUGAAAAGCUCAGCCCAGAAAUUCUACCCUAUCAAGGGGAUUACGUGGAGUGUCUGAUGGAGCAAAUUAAACACAUGGACAAUAACGUCCGAAAGCUGGACAAGCGCGACCUCCGCUCUGGUCUGCACGCCUUGGAGUUGAGUCGCAUCAAAUACAUGCUCACAGACUACCUGAGGGUGCGCUUGGAAAAAAUAGAAAAAUACACCUACACAAUCUUGGAGGCCGAGAGCAACAGAAGCGGCGACGACCUUUACUUGUCUGAAGGAGAGUUCCAGUUUGCCAAGGACUUCUUUGGAAACACGCAAACUGCCUUGCAGACAAUCGCCCUGCGCCACUUUCCAAGGCCGCUGGCGUCGUUUGACCCUGCUAAGAUGUCAGUGCAGCCUCCCAUGAACAGUUAUGUUUUCGUGAAAGCCAAAAAGGAAGUGUCAGGACUUAUUGUUCCAACUCAUGAUCCUGAGGAACAGGACGAAGAGCUGGACUUGGAAGAAAACUCUCAACACAUUUUGCCAUACUCAUCAGUUGCAGCACUAGUGAAGGAUGGGACAAUCAUGCUCAUCUGAUGGAAGUUAUUUUAUGUUUAUUCUUAUUGUGUAUGCCCUCCCUGUCAUGAACAUUUAUUAAAGAAGUUAGAAAAAGA